AUGAUAAAAACAUUUCCCUCAACGAUCUGUAACAGCGGAACUACUGCUGCUGUGCGUGAUUCUUUAAUGCCAACGACAAAAAACUCUAAUCUAUCACCAGCUACGCCUUCUACGGAUCAAAAGAUUACUAUUGUUCUCAUAGGUAAAUUUGGUGUUGGAAAAUCGAUGUUAAUUAACAUAAUUGCUAAUUGCUUAAAAUUCAAGGAAUCGCCGCAAGUUCAGUCGACUUCAUCAGCUAUGCAUGUAGUUGUUCCAUUUCUCUUUGCUCUAAAGACUGAUGCAGGUACGCAUUUCAUUCCAAUUGGCAAUAAUGAUCCUAACGAAUACUAUUAUUGUUAUCAUGAUCGUCAACCAACAACUCAAGCUACAAAUAUUUAUACCAACCUCGUACAAACACAAGUUGAAUAUGUAGCUACUCUUUUUGCUUUUAAUUAUUUUGGUGAACUAGUUUGUCCACCAUUGAUAGAUGAUUUAUUUUGUAUUGUUCAAUCGUAUCGAGCACAACCACAUCGUACACGUCAUCAUUCACUUGAGUAA